AUGAAGGCUGUCGUCGCGGCGAUGCUUCUGCUGCUGGCGCUCGUGGUCGCGGCGGUGAACGCAGACCAUGACGGCCACCACCACCACCACCACCGCGGCCACCGGCGGUCCUCUGUGGCCGGGCUGACGCAGUGCGUCACCAUCUGCGGGUCCCGGGUGACCUCCUGCAUGCUGGACUGCUACCAGCCGCUGAUCGACCUGGACCCCGUGGAGCUGCCCGUCUGCCUCCUCAAGUGCACCAACGACGCCAUGAUCUGCGCCUCCGGCUGCCCCGUCACCGGGAACGUCUAG